AUGUCGAUGAUUGAUCGCUCCCACACAGCUGGUGAUGACAACCUGAAACUUUCGUUUCUCUCAGCCGAGGAGCUCGAGCAAUUCGGCAAUGAUCCAACGAUGAUCAAAAAAAAGGCUCAAGAAUAUAUUUCUAAAAUUGAAGAAGAGCUUUUAGAGUGUAGAGAGGAAUUAAAAACAGUGCAUCUAUCCAAUGAAUCUUUGUUGAACAAACUCGAACAACAACAAAAUUCAAAACUUGAGGAAUAUGAAUUACUCAAGGAGCGGAUAGAGCACUACAAAACCGAAGCGAAAAACUAUCAGGACCAGAUUGAACACCUCACAAAGCAAGUCAAAGAUACCGAAAGGCGAUGGCAUGAGCAAAGAAAUGAAUUGGAGCAAAUUAGUAGUGUGAAUGAAGAACUCAAAGCUGAGAAAAUCCGAUUGCUAUCUUCUGUCGAGAAAAAGACAAAGGAGAUUGAAGAUUUAAAUUCCCAUAUCGAGUCACUCAAUCAAAAAAUUAAUGAGCAAUAUAAGAUGAAACACGAACAAGAAGAAAAGAUUCAGGAAAUAUCUACAUCAGUAUUGCCUUUAAAAUAUUCUAUUGAAAAUCUUCAACAAGAAAAAGAAUCACUAGAAAAGCAAAAUGCUUGGCUAAAUUCAGAACUUUCAUCAAAGCAAGAACAAAUAACAAAAUUGAAAUCAGAGUACAUGCUAAAGCUAAAUGAGCUAGAGAUACAAUCCAAAACAAAGGAAGAUGUUAUCACUAAUCUCAAUGAAAAGAUAUCUCAUUUGGAGCAAUCAAAUAAGGAGUACAAUCACAAACUUCAACAAAAGAUUGAAGAAAUUCGUGAUCUCAAAAACUCGCAUCUUCAAACUUUGGAUGGACUUAACGAAGAGUUGAAUAAUGAAAGACGGCUUUCUGAUUUAUAUAAAAAUAGGCAUGAUGAUCUAGAGGAUCGAAUCAAAGACUUAGAGAAAAGCUUGACAAGUGUAAAAGAGGCAAAACAACGACAAGAGAGCACUUUUGAAAUGGAAAGAGAGUCCAUGAAUGAACAGCUGCGACAACGUAAGGAGAAAAUAGAAGAUCUGGAAGCAGAAAUUAGAAAAUACAAGAAGGACUUGGAAGAAAAUGUUCAACUUCGUGCCUCAACUUUUGUUACUCAAGGAAUCAGUCCUAGCGAUAUUUACACCAAAUUUGUGAAGAUUAGUGAUGAACUUCUCAAAUCUAAGAAUGAAAAUAAGCGACUGAAUGAAGUUCUUUCAGGAAUUUUGAAAGAUUUGGAAGAAAAGGCUCCGGUUAUGCAAGCACAAAGAGAGGAAUAUGAACAACUACGGUCGUCUUAUACGAUAUUGACAAAACAAAAGCAAGAUCUAAUUCAACAGACUGAAGCUUAUAAAGACGAGUUGACAAAUUUACGAGCAGAAGCAGAGAAGUUGCGUAGAUCUUUAAAGACAGCAGAACAUGUUAACCAAGAUCUUUCUCUUCAAGUUAGAACCUUGCUGAAGGAAGGUUACGCCAAUUCUGAAUCUUCUUCCCGUCUCGAUGCGAAUGCUGUCAUAACGGAACGGUUGGUUCCAUUCACUGAUGUUGACGAAUUACAAAAGAGAAAUGUAGAGCUGUUAACAACCAUACGAGAACUGGCAAGUCAAAAAGAGGAAGAAGCGCGACAUACUCAGGAAGUUAUGGCUACCGAAUUCCAAGACAAAAUUCAACUCGCUCUAAAGCAAGUGGAGGAUCUAAGGAGAGAGAGCCAAAGACAAAUGGAAAAAAUUCAGUCUCUUAUCAAACAAAGAGAUAUGUACAAGUCAUUGCUCGAUGAAAAGAAUAACCAAAACUUAACUAGUAAUAGUUUCAACACCACAACUUCUCAACAAAAAGAUACCCAGGAUUCUCGUAUGGAACAUCUCAAACUUAAAGAGGUACGAGAGCUUCAACAAGAGAUUCUAAAAGACAAGAAAUUACUUCAAGAUGAAAUUGCUGCAAAGAAUGAAAAAAUUACCAAACUUCACUCUACUAUUGCUCGAUUGACAUCAGAGGUAGAAUUCCUGAAAGAUAGCUCUCAGAAUAUGAUGUUAGAGAGAGAUUCAACCCAGAGAGAAUUGAAUCGUAUCCGUUCUAUUAACGACUCUUUGACAAAGACAAUUGACGCUCUUCAAACAAGUAUGGAUAGACAAAGAAUUAAUUUCGAGAGCAAGGACGAACAACUCAAACGUUUGGAGAAGGAAUUAAUUCAAACAAAAUCUGAAAAGCUAUACCAUGAACAGCGCUCUGAAAGACUCAUCCUUGAGAUUGACAACCUGAAAUUACAACUAUCACGAAAUGAAGAUUUUUACUCCAGCUUACAAAAGAUACAAAUUGGACUUGAACAAAAAGAAGAAAAUGAUAAGAAACGAGCCUUGCAAGAAAUUGAAGCCUGUAGAACUGAGAUUUCACAAUUGAAGCAAUCACUUGAUGAUGAAAGGCUACUUUCCAAAGAGCUCAGGCUUCAAAUAGACUUGAAAGAGCAAGAAUACAGAGAAAAGCUAGAUGCCAAAACAGUGGAAUGCCAAAAAUUGAGAGAUGAAGUAACAAGACUCAAGACAAAUUAUGAGUUCGAGCUUGACAAGAGCUCUACCCUUCAGCAAAAGUUAAACGCAGCUGAAGAACGUUUGAACAAAUUAAUAGAAAAGCAAAUGAUUGGAUUGAGUACUUCUGAGUCUACACCUACCAACAUCAACGAACUACAGGUUCAGUACUCGAAAGUCCAAAACGAAAAUGUCUACUUGAAAGAGUCUCUUGAAAAUGAAAAAGCAAAAUUGGAAACCAUGAAAGAACUUGCUGAAUCUAACGACAGAGCUUUAAAGGAUAUGACAGAUGCAUUUGACAAGCUUAAACAAUCCUCAGAAUCUAAGGUGUCUUCUCUUAAUCAGCAAAUAGCAGCCCUUAAUGAAAAAAUUUAUGAGAAUGAACAAGAAUUAAAACAAAAGAGAGAAGAAAUUGAUAAUCUCAAACAACAAUUAGAAGAUAUGACCGAGCAAAACAAGAAAGAGAAACAAAUGGUUGAGACUGUUGACUCUGAAAAUAAGUUAAAUGCCGAGACAUAUGAAAAACGAAUUGAAAUUUUGAAAGAAGACCUCAGAAGACAUACACAAUUUUGGAAGGACGCUCAGGAUAAGUAUGAACAAGAGCUUAUUCGUCAUGCAGCUACUAUUGAAGCAUUUAAAGAAAACAAAGAAGAGUUGAGCAAGGCAUACUCAACCAUAGAAGAGUUAAAAUCUUCAGUUAAAACAUUAGAAUUGGAAAUGGAGCGAAAAACUGCUAGCUUAUCGAAAAAUAACGAGGACCUUCUGAAACAAAAAGAGGAAUUUGAAAAGAGAGUCAAGGAUUUGGAACGCCAGCUGGAGUUAUCAUUCUCACGAGUAGAGACAUUGAACAUUCAACUAAAGAAGAUACAAACCUCUACAGAUGUUGUGCUGAGCUCAGGCGGCAACGAUCAAACAAAAGAAAUUUUGGAGCUUCAAGAAACCAUUACUUUCAUAAGAAGAGAAAAAGAAAUGUUAAAAUCAAAACUUGCCAUUGCUGAGCAAGAGCUAAAGAAUACUAAACAAAAACUAGAGCAUGCAUUUAAAGAGCUUGCUCAAAGCCAAACAGAGUUAAAGACUGAAAUAGAGAAAAAUCAACAACAGUCUAAAGAUCAAGAUCGUACUGGCCAGCUCGUAGCGGAUUUACAGGAACAAGUACAAGUUUUCAAGGAAAGCAACAUGUCUUUGAGGCAACAAAACGAACAGCUUACCCGCAUGCUAGAUCAAACUAGAGAAGAGCUCAAAGAAGCCAGAAAACAAUUGAUACCACUGAGCCAGUCUAUCAAUGAGCUCAAAAAAGAGAAAGAAAUACGUGAGGAAGAAAUUAAGUCGUUACAAGAGGAUGUUAAAAAAUAUCAGAAUAAGGCACAACACUUGGUGGAAAAGUUCAAACAGAUUGAUCCUGAGGUUCAUGAAAAGCUAAAACAAGAAAACUUCAAGCUAGAAAAAGAAUUGAUGGAAAAGGUGGAGACCAUUGAACGUCUUUCGAAACAACUCUCUUCUGUAAAUGAAGAAAACUCAAAACAAAUUGCCGCUCUUAAGGAACAUCAAUCAGAAAUCACAAGAUUGAACUCAGAAUUAGAAAAUGUUAAUGAUGAACUCGGUGGUCUGAAAGAAAAGAAAGAAAGAAUGCUCGACAUUAUGAAGAAACAAAAAGAGACCAAUCAAGCACUAAAAAAAGACAAUACGGAGCUGCAAGAGAAAAUCUCAUCCCUAGAGUCACAAAUUUCCAAGCUUGAGUUGGAGUUGAAACAAGCAAAAAGUGAAAUCGAAAGACACAAAAGUGAGGAGUCACGAACCAAGUCUGAACCUAAGAAAACAGUGUCACCACAGGAACAACAACCUUCCUCCUCUGAUGACGAGGAAAAUCAAAAAAGGCAACAGGAGGAACUGGAAAGAAAGCGUAAGGAAGAGGAGAGAUUAGAAAAACAAAACCAAGAAAAAGAGGCCGAAGAAAAACGAAAAGAGGAAGAAAGAUUGGAGAAACAAAAGCAGGAUGAAGCACGAAAGAAAGAAGCAGACGAAAAACGAAAAGAAGAAAUGCGUGCUGCUCUAUUACUAAAGAUGCAAAAGCUUCAAGCUACGCAGCCAUAUUCCUCACAAUCUGUAUCUCCAGUCACUUCCUCAAACAAUGUAGCGACCUCCUCAUCAAGCGAAGAUAAAACCACUCCUGUGUCUGCUGCCUCUGACGAUAAAACAGAAUCUGUUACAGGCAAAAGAACAAUUGAAGAAUUCCAGAAAGAUGAUAACGCUUUUGAAGCUCAACAAGAUUCUACAACUCCUUCAACUAAUACCUCAUCUCAGGCAACUGAACCCACUGCUGAAAGUGCUGUAGAAGAUAGACCGCUGAAAAAGGUAAAAACUGAUGACGUAGAAGAAAGCACAGAAAAAGAUGAUGAUGCUUCCAAUACUCCAUCUUCAAAACCUGGCUCAAGAUUUAAACGCCCAACAUUUGUACAAAAUCAAUCUGUCACAGAAAAAUCUGAAGAAGAAAAGACACAAGAAGAAACCGAAGAGUAA